AGCCGAUAAAUUCAAGCAACUCGGCUGAAGCAAUAAUCACGAAAAUGAACGUUUUACUCCAGAAACAUGGAGCUAAACAUAUAUGCAAGGUCCCGGAAGGAUUACGCGAACUAUGCACCGACAUCGCACGCGAGGUUCUACGCUCGCAACCGAGGAACAUUUAUUGCUUCGUUGCUGAUUACGUUGAGGCGCUUUUGAUUACGCGGGAAAAUGCAAAAGUCGCGGUGAAAGUCGUAAACAAUAUUUUAUUGAGGAGCCAGGCCAUCGUGGGUGUACUUCACCGGAGCGGCUUGAGUUUAGAGCAGAUCGCCCGCGUCGCGCCCAGGAUUCAGACGGCGUUCCGCGCGUACUUGGACGCGGUAGACAUGCGAGCGGCCCAGGUGUGCGACGACGCGACAUACGACGAGAGGUCCAAGGUAUCUCUGCAAAGUAUUCUGCAAGCGUCGGGGGUCCCACUGGAACAGGCGGAGAAGUAUGCCACGAUAAUACAAGCCGCCUUCCGCGGGCAUUACGAGAGGAUGCAGUUAAACGAGUCCCGUGGCAUGAUUCAAUGGCAACGAGCGGCAACGAGAACCCUCGAGAUCCUGAGAAAGGCGGGUGCUUCGCAAGCAGAGGCGUCGAAAGCCGCCAUUCUAAUACAGGCUACUUACCGCGGCUACUAUACGAGGAGAAACCUAAAAAUGAAAAUGAAGCCUGUGCCGCAAGAGGUAGAAGACUCGAUAGAACCUAGAGAAGCCGUUCAAGCAGUAGCUUGGUUGGAUACGAUGUACGAAGACUCCGAACUGACACCGAUGAAAGCUGCAUCCAUUAUACAAAAAGCUUACAGACAGUAUCUCGAGAAAAAAAAUGGCUCUAACUGUCUGGUAGAAUCAACGAGACCAACAGUACCGAAAGCGAUGACGUACGAAGACUCAGGACUGACAUCGAUGAGAGCAAACGAAGCUGCAUCCAUUAUACAAAAAGCUUACAGACGGUAUCACGAGAAAAAAAAUGGCUCUAACCGGCUGAUAGAGUCAACAAAGUCAGCGGUGCCGGAAGCGAUGUACGAGGAAUUAGGACUGACACCGAUAAGAGCAAAUGAAGCUGCGUCCAUUAUACAAAAAGCUUACAGACGGUAUCGCAGGAAAGGAAAUAACACUAACCCGUCGGUAGAAUUAACGAAAUCAGUUGUGGCGGAAGCCAUUCUCAAAAAUUUGCAUCAGAAGGUUUUCGACGAAGUCCUGGCGCGCGCGGACAUUCCCACAGAAUUCGGUAAUCGAGAGGACUUGACGAAGGCUGGCGAGGAACUUCAACGGGCUUUUAAAGAUCGACUGAUGCGUGCUCGCAUGGCGGAAGAAGGUUACGACGAGGGACACGUAGAAGAGCUCGGCGAAUCGUUUCAGAAAAUGGUGAACUCGAUCGGCGUGGCGGAAGAUUGGCAAGAAGAUCGAGAAAUCGAAGUAGAACCGGAACGUGACGACGAAAUAGACGCGUACGUGCAAGACUAGCGUCGAAAAGAGAACUUUCCAGAAAGGGGAGGCGAAAGCGUCGCACGAUGCUGCGGGAAUCCUUUUUGGGGACCGGUGGGAUGAGCCAAUUAACAUGGAAGCUGUGGGUGAAAACGAGUGCGAGGAAAGAAACGAGACAACGAGCGUUACGACGAGCACAAAGAGCAACGGCAAGCGAAAAGCUGCCUCCGGAGGCUGUGCCGAAUGUCGGAGACACCGGUGGUUUUUAAUGCACAUGCUUACGUUCGAUAAUUCCGUUAAGCGUGCCGCGCUUCCGUAGCGAGCUUUUAAAAUUCCCCCGGACGGAAACUGGCUCUCUGGCACGCGUAUUACAAGUAAAACAAGUUAAAAGUUAA